AUGGGUCCAGGCACCGCUGACCGUGCAGUCGACAGCUGCGGCCCUGGGGGCCCAGCCGCGGAACCUGUGGCGCGGCUGGACGUCGGGCGCGUGCCCGAGGCCGCCCCGGCGGCGCGCGACGGCGCAGGAGCGCACGGCAGCGCGCACGAACUCCCACGCCGCAUCGUCAUCGGGGCGGCGCUGACGCAGAAAAAGAUCAACCGAUAUUUGACCUCAGAUUUCAUUGAGCUCGCGGCAGCGCGAGACCUGGAGCUGCGCAUUCUCGACCUCUCGCGGCCCAUCGAGGAGCAGGGGCCGUUCGACGUGCUGCUCCACAAGCUGCCUUCGGAUGGCAAGUGGAUGCAAGAGCUCGACGACUACGUCCAGCGGCACCCGCACACCCGCACGGUCGACGACCCCGCGGCUAUCAAGUCCCUGGCGUGCCGGUCCACGAUGCUCCAGCACAUCGAGGGCGAGGAGAUCAUCGUGGAGGGGCCCGGCGGCGACGGGAGCAGGCAGCGCAUCCGCGUGCGGUCGCCCAUUCAGACCCAGAUACCCCACGGCGCGUCCGUGGGCGACAUCAUCGACAUCAUGAGGCGGGAGGGCAUGCAGUACCCGAUGAUAGUCAAGCCGCUCAACGCCUUCGGCGGGCAGGAGAGCCACAGCAUCGCCGUGCUGCAAAACGAGGGCGCGCUCGACGACCUCAUCAACGGCCCGGCCUCCGCCGCGCUCCCAACUCCCUUCAUCUUGCAGGAGUUCAUCGAGCACGGCGGCGUGAUGUUCAAGGUCUACGUCGUCGGCGAGAGCAGCCUGCUCGCCUGCCGACCAUCCCUCUCCAGGAUCGACGUCGGGCAGUGCGAGACCUGCAACGACGACCCCUGCACCUGCCUCGACCCCAAGGCCACGCCGUCGGGCCUCAAGAUCUUCACCGCCGUGUCCCGGAAACCCAAGAACCCCGAGGAGUACCGCCUCGGGUCCAUGCGGUCCGGCCUGGGCUCCCUGCGCGCGUCCCUGCUCGACCCUGUCGAGGCGGUGGGCGCCAGCGCGGCGCAGGUGAGCGCGGACGGCGGGCGCGCGCCGGAGGACCCCCCGGCGUCGGUGUGCGACAGCGACCUCGAGGAGGUCCGCACGGUGACGGCGAACCACGACAAGGACCCGGAGCAGCUCCUGUCGGCCCUCGGGUCGCGCGUGGCGGCGCCGCCGCCGUGGUUCGUGCAGCAGCUCGGGCAGGAGGUGCGGCGGCGCGUGGGGCUGAAUCUGUUCAACAUCGACAUCAUCGGCACGCCGCGCCCGACGGAGCCGGGCCCCGACGGCAUCUCGCGGACGUUUUACGUCGUGGACAUCAACUACUUUCCCGGGUACGACAAGUUGGACGGGUGGCAGACGCUGCUGCUGGACUUCCUCGAACGGGUCUCCCGCGACGCCGACGCGCUCGCGUUCGACCACGCGGACGCUCGCGCGGCGCCCGAGAGCGCCGAGGCGAACGACUGCGACGCCACGCUGCGCCGGGCGUGCUCGAGCGGCCUGCGGGGGACGGUGGGCAUGUGCGCGGACUGCGGCGUGCAGCACCGGCUCGGGUCGCGGCACGGAACGCCCUCGCAGAGCCGCGGCGGAAGCAUGCAGCGCGAAGUGCCGGAGCUUGCUUCGGACGAGUGGUGA